AUUUUUGUUUACGUUUACACCACGUUAUUAUUUAUCGUAUUUUUUAUCACUUUCUAAUUGCAUUUGUAUUUUUGAACCCAUUGCAUAUGGUCAUCUCUACGUGAGGAGUAAUAACUAUGUUUUAUAAUGUGUUUCCGGAUUGUAGUGCACCCUCUUUUGGACGUUUCCUCAAGAUAAGGUGAUGAGGUAUUCAUAUCAUUUGUGGUUGCUACAAUGUGAACUAGUUCCAAAGUAAUGUACAUGCGGUAUUUAUGUCGAACAUGUCAAACAUAACUAAAAAGCCGCUAUCAUCAGUUGCUAGUGUGAACAGUCAUAUAGCAAAACUACCAGCUUUAGCUGAGCCUGGAUUAGUUCCACCAAAAUACCAACCUCCGCCACAGCCAGUUAAGAAACCACCCACAUAUUUAAUACCGCAAGAUGGUCCUCACCCAUGUUUGAUUCCUGAUCCAGCCAAGCAGUUUCAGACAGUUGCUGAAAUCGACAGGCACCACCAAACAGCUGAUCAAAAGCGCGCUCCUCCUCAGUAUCAUCCGCCUCCUCCACCACAAGAUAUGCUCAAAUUUGUUCGAAAACCUGAUGCAGAAGCCUCAAGAGCUGCUUCAGAGCAGAUGCGGCGGAUGGCAGCAGAAAUUCAAACUUUGAAGCAAGAAAAACAAAGACUUAGUGAUGACAAUCAAGAAUUGCGGGACUUAUGCUGCUUUUUGGAUGACGAUAGGCAGAAAGGGAGGAAGCUAGCAAGGGAGUGGCAGAGGUUUGGACGCUACACUGCCAGCGUCAUGAGACAAGAAGUUUCUGCGUACCAAAGUAAAUUGAGACAGCUUGACUCUAAGCAGCAAGAAUUGAUUAAAGACAACUUAGAGCUAAAAGAAUUAUGUCUUUAUUUGGACGAAGAACGAGGAGGAACGUGUCGAGCCUGCGGAGCGGGACUACGUCGCGAUGAUGGUGAUGGAAGCAGUUCAAGUACAAAUCCUGAUGAUCAAACACCCCCUCAUCCUGCCUAUCAUUCUCCAGACCAGUCCACAUUAGAGUAUGUCCAGCGCUUAGAAGCCCGUGUCAAGUCUUUAGAAGAAGAGAAUAGAUUACUAUUAAAGAAAAUCAAUUCUAAGUCCGGAAACAACUGGGAUAUUCACUCUGUUGUUUCUCAGGAUGACAAUGGUAGGAGAGAGGCAGUUGUCCAAGCAUUACAAGUGUUGGAAGUUCGGGAGCAAUUGGAGCGCGGGAGCUCAGGUUCACAUGAAGAUCCAAUUCCACCAAUGGACGAUGGAGAGAAAGCGCUUCUACGAGAAAUGUGCAAUGUGGUUUGGCGUAAGUUGGAAGAAGCCCAGCCAAAUAUGCAGGAGUAAAUGCUAAUCGGACGCAGCUUUGCGCUUCUCUACUCUGUUUGUUUCAGCCUCAGGCUGUAAUUGUUGAUGUUUUGAUUUGUUUCAAUCCUUGGUUAAGUAUUAUUAAUUAUUUGACUAUCUUUAAAUCACAAAGCCUACCAAUCGAAUAAAUUCGCAAGAUUUUGAUGAGUGAAGCACAAAAACAGUUUUUCAGCUGUGUACUUCUUUCAACAAAAAGUUUGACUCAAUCGUUAAAUCAAGUCAGCAAGUCUAAACUUGAGCACCUAUGAAUGAGGUGUAAUCGCAGAAAAAUAGUCUUCUUCUCUUUUUCAUUGAAUUUCUCUCAUUUUCCUAUGGUGUGUAAUUCGUAUCAGCUCGAAUAUACUCAUUACUCACCAUCUCUCGGAAUCAGUAACCUGAAUUUCCUUGAAAACCAAAUGAUACACGACUGUCUACUGGUAAAAGGUCUCCAUUUCUUAGAGGCAAAAUUUUUAGCAGAGCUAUUUUAGUCAAGUUAGUUCUCAAAAAUUGAAUUUUAAGAUUUUGAGAGAAAACUCAGUUGAGAGUUAAGAAGAUUAAGUUGUGAGCAGUUGAGUGCAUUUUUCUGCAAAGAAUAUAGGGGGAUCAUUUUUUUUUUUUUAAACAGAGGGUAUGAGAGUACUUUAUAGUCCAGCAAUUUUGUACCAUGAACAUGGCAUUAUUUCUUAAGUCCAUUGUUAAUUUGUAUUGAAGAUUUUUAUUUGUUUGCAUCCCUACUUAUUUUAUCCUAGUCUACGUGUGUGAAGAAAAGCUUGAAAAUCAUCGACCUUUCAUUGUACCUGGAUGAAAAUUUUAUCAUCAGCAAAAGUUACAUUUUGUUCCUCAUUUAAUUGUAGCCUCAAUCAGGGUUCGUGAUGCCCUGAAAAGAAUGGAAUUUUUUUUCUCUUUCAAACUAGGGACCAGCUCUAGAGGUUAGCCGUCUGGCUGUUCUAUGCCUAUUGGAAGUUCUAAGAGCCAUAGUGCACAAAUUGUAUCUAUAGGAAUAAAACAGUACACAUUUUAAACAAGAAAGCAUUGAGUAGCAAUUUUUGUAUGCCAGGGAAGAUUUCUAAUCAGUCACUCUCAAUUCAUCGGAUGUGUAAAAAUGUCUCUGAUUGUGAAAUAAUUUUUUGCGCCUCAGUAGUACUUGGAGCCGAUCAUUCUCUGUCAGUUUUUUUUUUUUUUUUUUUGGCAAUUCUCCAUGUAAGGCUUCAAAAAUUUUUUUACAAUUCUUCAGAAGUCCAUUUUGGUUUCAACAGGGUAUCACAAACCUUGCCAACAUGUAAUGUGAAAAAAAAAAAAUCAGUGAUCAAAGUCUUCCAGUUGGAUAUUCUAAAUUUCAUCUCUUUCAUGUUUGUCAGAGCCUUUUUUAAAAAGAUAUUUUUGAACAAAUUUUUCUUAUUUUUGUACUUCAUGAAUCAAUUGAAAUUCUAGAAUAUUUUUCAAAUUUAGAGCUGUAAGAUAAUAUUAUUGUGUAGUUUAAUUAGACCGCUUUCAUGUUUAUCUCUUUUGGUACCAUUUUCAACUUCUCAAAAAUCAGUAUACUGUUAGAUGCUAUUUCAGUAUGUUUUUUCAAAGAAGUUCUAACAUCCUGUCUCGUCUUUAAAUUAGUCAAGCCAGCUUAGGUUGAUGCAUAUUUGAGCACAGCAUGUUUUCAGUCUCUAAAUUUUACCGUCCAGGUUUUACUACAGAAAACUCUUUAGUAUUGGAAGCAACAUUUUAGUGUAUUUUCCGAAGGAAAUACACUAUUGCGUUUUUAAUCUGCUUUCCUAUACAAGUUCCCUUUUUCUAGUGCCAUUUUAAAAUAUCAGGUGAAGCCUGAAAGUUUUGUCCUUAAUCCCAGAAUUACCUCACAAAUGGAGGAAGCUAGAAAGAGUUUCUCCGAGAAUCUUCAUUUAAUCAUUAACCAUCAAAGAAGAUUGGUUAAGAACUUGCUGAUUUCCCAAGCUUUUUAGUAGGUACAGUUUUAUCAACUUGGUCAAUUUUUAACAGCCUUUUUGUUUCGUAAUUUGUCAAUUCACAAUAGUGGGCCAGUAAUUCACAACAUAUUUUUUACAGCUGAUAUUUUAUAAUGUCUAGAUUCUGCUUUCAUUAUCAUGUGCAAAAAUUAGUGACAAGGCUGUUGGUAUUUAUGCAGGCAACUUGAUGCAGCUCUAGAAUGGUUCAUUAUUCGAAUUUAACACUUUAAAAUCAGUAUUAAGUUAAAUUUAAUCCAUACCAAAAAGCCAGGAUCAGUAUUUUACCAGGGUCAAUUAUUUUGUGUUUGUAUCGUAAUUAAAUCAGUAAUCUACUUUCAGUAAUUCAUAAAUCCUCUCAUCAUGUCAACAAAUUGUUCUUUAAAUUUUGUAUACUUUAUAAGGGCACCAUUAAUUCACACAUCUAUGAUCAGAGAAAUUUUUUCGUGGUUAUUCAUGCCUUUCAGUCCUCCGUCUGUUGGGUACUUUUUCAUGUAAAAGAAAACAUAUAUGAGCAUAGCAGCUCCAGCAAAGCAUCAUGGGAUUAAUGUUGCCUAGUUAUGACGUACUUGUUGAACCUUCCUUAACGAACACAACAAUAGAGUCAUCGUAGAUAACCAACUCCACAAUGGUAUGUUGUACCACCUAAUUGCCUUAUUUAUAAGAAAAAUUAGCCUUUUCCUCUGUCUUCAAAUAUUUCUUAAGAAGAUUAUGUGGUUAAGUAUUGACAUUUUUUUAAACUUUUAAUUUCAUGAGUGAAUGACCCCUCUUGUCGCAAUACUUAGGCUCCCCUAUCAAUUUGUUAUUUUACAAUUAAGUUGACUCAACUUUGAUACUUCGAUUAAGCAAGUUGCUCUGGAAAUUAAAGUUGUGAAUCAUAUUCCACUAAAGAAACUUCAGUUCUGUGAUAUGUAUUGCAUUUCAGUAUUAAUAUAUUUAUGUAUGGCCUUAUUUUUCAGAGGGCGAGAUUCUAUUUCUUUUUUCGUGGAAAUUAAUUCUAUCUUACUAAUGAAAUAAAUCAAAUCACUAGUAACCUUUGUUUGUAACAGGAUACCACUUGUUAUAUUUUUUAAAUUACUUACGUUAAGUGGGAAAUAGAGCUCAGCACUCAAAACGAAGAAUUCUGUAGAGAUUCAUAGUAGAUUCAAUAUGCGCAAAAAAAAUAUUACUAUCCGCCACCACCUCUUCAGCUUUGCUUUAAGUAAGAAACAAAGUUUAGAACAAAUAUGCGUAACAGAUGGCUAUUUUGCAAGUGGUAAAUUGAUUUGAGAAUUCUUGAAGUUUUUGAACAUUUGUAAAGUUCGGAUGACUUUUGCCAAAACAUUUACCUCUCUACGAGGAAUCCUUUAUUUUUGCCUUGCCAAGCAACAUCAAUUAUCGGAUCAAUUAGGUAUGAAUUCAUCUGGGCCAAUUCAACAAUCAGUGUUUAAUUAAUUCACACAUAAGUAGGUUAGUCAUUAAUUAUUCUUAAAUUAAGUUAUUUAUUGACAUGAAUAAACAUAUUUAUUGUUGUUA